GUGCAACAACUCCACUGUAUCAGCUCCACUUCUAUAUUCUCGCUCAUAAAACUCCCUAUUGACAAUAUAUAAAUACCCAUAGAUGAAUACUUCCCCUCAGCAACUAAAUUAAGUCCCAAUUUACAGCCCAAGAUGGCCAAGCUUUCCCUUCUCACACGCGUGACAUUCAAAGCCAUCUGCCUCUUGCUCCUAGCCAUCACCUUUGAGUGCGCCAACUCUGUCAGGGUCCUCCUCGAUGUAGACCCACAGCCCUCAGUCCUCCCCGAUCCACCCCAGCCAACCAAUCCUGUUGCAACAACUGUCCCAAAUGUAACUCCACAGGUGGGUCUGACCACCACCACACUGCCAAGUGGCCAAAUCCCCGCCACCCCCGCAGCAGAUGACACUAACCCACCAUUACCAGAAUCUGAAAUCCCCAUUGUUGACAUCCCACCAAUAGCUAGCCCAGCAGCGGAAUCAGAUGCUGACUCACCACAACCCGAGCUCGAAGAACCCGACGCCGUAGCAGCACCUGUUGCUGGCGUGGCACCGGAAGUUGGUCCCACAAAUAGCCCAACUGGCACAGCAUCCCCCGUUACCACUACCACCAGUGCCACGGUGGCAAAACCUGUUGGUCCACAAACCCCUGCAUUAACCUUCUUCAUGCAUGACAUCCUAGGUGGUACACAUCCCUCGGCCAGGGUUGUCACUGGGAUCAUAGCAAACACCCAAUUCAACGGCCUUCCUUUCACACAGCCCAACGACAACAUCUUCCCACUUACCGGCGGGGUCCCACUGAGCAACGUAGACCUUAGCGGUAUCGUCAACAACAACAACCUCCCCAUCAUUGCAGGCCUCAACGGCGUUGACCCCCAAGCUUCCACUGUCAUCCAAAACAGCGGCAACAACGACAUCAUUGACAGUAGUAAUGGCAACCUGCCAUUUGUCACUGCAGGGCAGCUGCCAUCCGGGCUCACACUCCAAAAGCUCAUGUUCGGAUCGUUGACAGUGAUUGACGACGAGUUGUCGGAAGGUCACGAUCUGGGGUCUCCUGUAAUUGGCAAAGCACAAGGGUUUUACUUGUCGAGCUCGUUGGACGGGACGAGCCAGACAAUCGCCGUGACGGUGUUGCUACACGGUCUCAGUGGUGGAGAUCACCUUCAGGUGGUGGAGGAUACAAUCAGUUUCUUUGGGGUGCAUCGAUCUGCAAUGCAUGAGUCUCAAAUUGUAGUGAUUGGUGGGACCGGGAAAUAUGAGAAUGCAAAAGGGUAUGCUACGGUUGAGACGCUUCAUCAAGAGGAUCAACACGCCACGGACGGUGUUGAUACGAUCUUGCAGUUCAGUGUUUUCCUUUGUGAGUAGUUUGUGUUUGUAAAAUUUAUAAUUUACAGUCCUCUGUCUAUUUCAAUGUUCAUUUCAUGUAUCUUUUCGUUAGACGUGUGAAGCUGAAUGCGAAUAUUUUUCAUUUUAAUUAAAAGAUCAACCACUAAAUCUAUAAUUAUAUCUUAUAAAAAGGAAAUACAAAUUAGUGUCUUAAUGCAAUACAUCGGAUUUAGUAUACAACAACAAAAAGCUAUAUAAUUUGAUGCAUCAUAACAUCAAUUUAUAAACUUUCUUUUGUAAGAAAUUUUUUUUGUAAAUCAAGUAUUUUCCUUUAAUUAUCUCAACCAUUUCGAUUGAUUAGGAUAUGAAUGGAAAAGUAAAUCAUUUAUAUAUACAUAUAUAUAGCUAACACAAACACUCGUGUGUGUGUCCAAGAUCCUUUGGAUCAAUUGGCAACACCUUAGUUUCUCACUAAGAGAACCAAUGAUCGAAUCCUCCCUCCUCAUGUAUAAAAAAAAACACACACACGUGUGUGUGAUACACACAUAAUUAAUGAGCACUGCUAUCUAGAUGUCUCUCGUUCUACCUUUAUAAACUAAAUUAGACUCACCAAAGCCAUAUAAACUAACAAAAAUGUUUUAUUCUGUUAAUAUUUGGUAUUC